GGACGGACUGUAAAUAAAGAUGGAGGCAGUUUUGCCGUAGGACUACUGCCUCAGUGUUUCAGGUGGAAGGUUCAGAGAGCAGCACUCACAGAAGGUUUAACUGGUGCUUCCUGGUUCUGUCCUGAGAGCUGCUGCCGUCAUGGUGCUGAAGAUCUUCUUCCCACAGUGCUGUAACCGGGCUGACAGUGGGCUGCUGGUGGGCCGCUGGCUCUCUGGUCACAACUCAGCCGUGGUUCUGGCGGUCAUCCACUACCCGUUCAUCCCGGGUCAGGUGAAGCAGUACAUCCAACAGCUGCAGGCCCAGAGUGGCGUGGAGCUGACGGUUCUUGGGUCCUGGAGUUUACCCAAAGAGGGUCAGGAGGACCCGGAGAGCUUCCUCAGAGACCUGAGCACCAUCUUUCCUCGGGAACCCUGGCUCCAGAUCAGCCGAACAGUCGGGAAGAUGGGCUUCAGCUGCGAGGUGCUCGGCCGAGAUCACAGUGGACGAGCAACUCAGCAGGAAGACGACGAGGAGGAGGAUGAAGAAGACAAAGUGAUCUUUGUUCACUACGAGCAGAGGAAGGUGAUGGUGUCGCAGCUUCAUCCCAUUGAGGACCAGAACCACGACAACAGAACCCAACCAUCGUCUGAGCUGAGACAGAUGUUCCAGACGGUGGCCCGCAGCGAGCCGCUCUUCUUUUUGGACAAAUACGAUGAUGGACCUCUGAAGUCGACCCACUGGCAGUCUGAAGGCCGUGAGGCCAGCAUCAUCGUGGAGUUGUUGAAACGGGCCUCAGUGCCGCUCUGCUUCCUGGUCAGCUGGCUGCUGUCAGUCUGGACCUGGAUCUGUGAGAUCCGCAUCUUCAGAGUUUUCCCUCUGAGCUUCCUGUCCUCCAAGCUGUCCACGUGUGUCCAAGUGAGCCACAGAACAGAACACCUGAAGAUGCUCAGCUCUCCCAGAGCAGCCAAAGGUCACAUGGACUUCAUGAGGAAAGCUAACGUCCUGGUCUCGGUUCUGGUGGACAUGGUGCUGGGUGUGCUGCUCAUGUCAUGGCUCUACAAAGAUCAGAACAUCUCCAUGCUGGCCCAGACUCUGGUUCCUGCAGCUGACCACGUGGCCCGGGAGCUGGAGGAGCUGCUGCAGUGGUUGAUGGGAGCUCCAGCCGGGCUGAAGAUGAACCGGGCUCUGGACCAGGUUCUGGGCCGUUUCUUCCUGUAUCACAUCCACCUGUGGAUCAGUUACAUCCACCUGAUGUCUCCGUUCAUCCAGGGGAUCCUGUGGUUCGGUGGUCUGUCUGCCUGUCUCGGGCUCACCUUCGCCCUGUCGCUGCUCUCAGACAUGGUGGCACUCUUCACUUUCCACAUCUAUUGUUUCUACGUCUACGGAGCCAGGCUGUACUGUCUGAAGGUCUACGGUCUCUCGUCUCUCUGGAGACUCUUCAGGGGGAAGAAGUGGAACGUCCUGCGGCAGAGAGUGGACUCCUGUUCCUACGAUCUGGACCAGCUUUUCAUCGGAACGCUGCUAUUCACUGUCCUGCUGUUCCUGCUUCCCACCACCGCCCUCUACUACCUGGUCUUCACUCUGCUGCGGCUGGUGGUGGUCCUGUUCCAGGGUGUCCUUCAUCUCAGUGUGGAUUUCAUCAACUCCUUCCCUCUAUACUCAAUGGUUCUGCGUGUCUUUCAGCCCUACAGACUGGCAGAAGGUGUAAAGUUUAGGGUUCUGUGUGACGAGCCCGGCACCGCCCUCCACCUGCUGAUGGAGAUAAACCCGUUGACCUUCGGCUCCGUGCUCCAAACGUACCGCACCACGACCUACACCUGCUGCCCCAAAGACUCAUGGGUCGCCCUGAGCAGGAAGCUCUUCAUCGGAGAGCUGCUUUACCCCUGGAGACACAAGACCACCAAGACCAGCUGAGGAGAAGGCAGAGGCGUUUACCAGCAGAAAGCUAACCCCUCAGAACCCUUCAGACCCUCAACCUGCCUUCAAAACCC